GUAUACCCCUGUAGUGUGAAAAUAAAAGAAGAACCACAGGAGACUGGGAAUCAAGAGUUACUUCAAGAUCCAUUAAAAAUUGAGGCUCCAUUUUACAACACAAAGGAAGAUCCAGGACUGAAAUUGAAUCAUGUGGCAGACCCAUUUAUAGCCUCGGGGUCCACUGAUCAUAUUAAGGAGGAUUCAGUACUAAAUUUAGGAGCAGAAGAAAUUGAGACUUUUAUGUUCAGCAAUCCCGAAUAUGAUCCUGUGGGAGUUAAGAUGGAGGUGGUGGAAGCCUCAACAAGAUAUGCAUCUGAUAGUGCAAGAUUGACUCAGACUACUGGUGGGAGCUGUGGCAUAACAUGUGAAGAAAUUUAUCACCAUGGGCUGGUCCAGGAUGAUUCGGUGAUAGACAAGGAGAAGUCAACACAUGAGUUUGGUACAGAAAAUGUGACUAUUGACAAGGAAUGCUCAGUUGCCACCCAAUAUGACUGUAGUAAGAGAGAAAAGGAAUUACUUCUAUAUAGCUGUGAUUUCUGCCAACAGAACUUUCCUUCAAUAUACAGACUCAUAAUGCAUGUGUUUAUGCACAUUGAUGGCAUGCAGCCACCUUUGUAUGUUUGUAAGUGGUGUGGUGAGGUAUUUCACAGUAAGGUUAGUUUGAAAACACAUUUGAGAAUGAGAGAGAAUUAUCAUGUCUUAACUGCUGGCCACCAUGAAAAAUAUGACUAUAGUGAUGAGCAUCAAAGCAGUAUCUUCUUGGAUAGUGAGCCAGAAGUUUCUUUUACAGAGCACAUUGAACAGUCUUCAUAUAAGGAAACUUGGAAAAUUUCAAAGAAGGCCUCUAAUGAUAUGUGUAACAGACACAUGACAAAUGAUGCAGAGAAAACAAGUGCUUAUGGAAUUUUAUCUACAGCUGUUAAUCUCAGUGGCCAGGCUGAUCUAUAUAUUGCAAACAGAACCAACAAAUGUGGUAUUUGUGCCAAAUGGUUUGCAAGGUCUGGCGAUCAGGAGACACCGUCAUUAAUUCACACUGGAAUUAAACCUCACAAAUGUGAAAUUUGUGGGAAAUCUUUUACUUUGUUACGCAGUCUCAAGAAGCAUUCAUUAAAUCACACUGGAAAGAAACCUCACAAAUGUGAGAUUUGUGGAAAAUGUUUUGCUAGAUCAGAUUGUCUCAAGACUCAUGAAUUAAUUCACACUGGAAAGAAACCUCACGAAUGUGAGAUUUGUGGAAAAUGUUUUGCUAGAUCAGAUUGUCUCAAGACUCAUGAAUUAAUUCACACUGGAAAGAAACCUCACAAAUGUGAGAUUUGUGGAAAAUGUUUUGCUACAUCAGGUUGUCUCAAGACUCAUGUAUUAAUUCACACUGGAAAUAAAUCUCACAAAUGUGAGAUUUGUGGAAAAUGUUUCUCUACAUCAGGUUAUCUCAAGACUCAUGUAUUAAUUCACACUGGAAAGAAACCUUACAAAUGUGAGAUUUGUGGGAAAUGUUUUGCUACAUCAGGUUAUCUCAAGACUCAUGUAUUAAUUCACACUGGAAAGAAACCUCACAAAUGUGAGAUUUGUGCAAAAUGUUUUGCUACAUCACGUUGUCUCAAGACUCAUGUUUUAAUUCACACUGGAAAUAAGUCUCACAAAUGUGAGAUUUGUGGAAAAUGUUUUACUACAUCGGGUUAUCUCAAGACUCAUGUACUAUUUCACACUGGACAGAAACCCUACAAAUGUGAGAUUUGUGGGAAAAAUUUUGCUACUUCAGGUUCUCUUAAGACACAUGUAUUAAUUCAUACUGGAAAGAAACCCUACAAAUGUAAGAUUUGUGGGAAAUGUUUUGCUACAUCAGGUUAUCUCACGAAUCACAUACUAGUUCACACUGGAAAGAAACCUCACAAAUGUGUGAUUUGUGGGAAAUCCUUCGCUAGGUCAGGCACUCUCAAGAGGCAUAUAACAAUUCACACUGGAAAGAAACUUCACAUCUAGAAAAGACCUCACAAAUGUGAUAUUUGUGGCAAAUCAUUUACUACAUCAGGUAAUCUCAAGACACAUGCAUUAGUCCACAUGGUAAGGGGACCUCACAAAUGUGAUAUCUGUGACAAAAGGUUCACUCAGUUGAGUACUUUCAAGA